CCUUUGCUUGGCAUGUGAAUGCACCGCCGAUUCGACUGGGAGUGAGCAUGGAGUGCGAGGACUAUCCGCGAGGUUCACACUGUUUUAUAUACUGAAUAAACGGCAUAAACGUCAACGAAGCAAUAAUAAAACGAUACUCCGAUGAAGCAUCAAAAAUUCAAAAAAAAUAUCGAUGAAAAAUCCUAAAAAUCGAUAAACAGAGAGAAACAAUAAACAGAAUAGUGUCUUAUCGCAGAAAUAGUACGAAACAACGAUAGAAAUGAAAAUAUGAGUAACGAGUAGAAAACAAAGUCCCGAAGGCACAUUGGACUCUCGGUAAAACAAUAUCGCAACAGCGUUGAAAACAAAAAUCCGAGUUACGUUAGCGAGAAAAUUGAGCAACCCCAGCACGCCCGAUGCGCAGGGAUGAAAAGCGCAAUCCACUCUCUCUCAAACGACUAUUGAGAGUCGUGACAAAUCUCGCGGUCGUGAUACCACAGAAAAAGGGGUUGUUUCGAAGCGUUCGCGAGGAACGCCACGGACGACGGUGCGAGAGUUAAGAAAAAAACGUUCGUGGUUCUGUAACAAUUAGUGCGUUGUACCCGAGGGUGGCGGUAGAAACCUAUGCAGGUGUACCUCUCUGGAUAUAUAAAGUAUUAGGAAUAAUCCAAGCAUUAUGUCGGUUUUACUGGAAGCAAGGCCUUACAGGCCUUUCAAGUCAUCCGAGGAGUACUUGAUAGCGAUGAAGGAGGAUCUCGCCGAAUGGCUCAACGCACUUUAUCCCGAGCUGAGGAUGAGCCUCGACAAUUUCAUGGACAGACUCGACACUGGCGUUGCACUCUGUAAACACGCCAACAGCGUUAGAAAAUCGGCAGCGGAAUACGUGGCGAGACGUCAGGCCCGGAAAAUAAUGACGCGUUCGAUAACAUCGUCGCUGGCAAUGCCGAUGAGCCAAUUGAGCGACGUGGCCUUCUUGCCGAACGCGAAGGCCGGCACUUUCUUCGCCCGUGACAACGUAUCAAAUUUUAUAUCAUGGUGCCGCAACAGUCUCGGUAUAAUCGAGUGCCUCUUGUUCGAGACGGACGAUCUAAUUAUGCGAAAAAAUGAGAGACACGUUAUUCUGUGCCUGCUCGAAGUCGCGCGAAGAGGCGCUAAAUUCGGAAUGCUCGCACCGAUGUUGGUGCAGAUGGAGAGGCAGAUUGAUCGCGAAAUAGCCGCUGAUAAUAAAGCUAACAACGCCGGGAAUGGUUCGGCUACUAGGGGCAACGGUCACAACAAUCACGAGGAUGAAGAAGACGCCGACGACGAGGACGAGUAUGCCGACAUAAAUGAGCAGGAGCCCUGCCUCAUCUAUGGCCCACAGCCUCAAAUAGUCACCAACGAUCUUAAGAGCCUCGACGAAAUGGUCCGCGACCUGGUGGAGAGGUGCACCUGUCCGACCCAAUUCCCGAUGAUACGCGUCUCCGAGGGCAAGUACAGGAUCGGUGACACCAAGGUCCUCAUAUUCGUGAGAAUCUUGAGAAGUCACGUAAUGGUGCGCGUAGGCGGUGGCUGGGACACUCUCAGUCACUACCUCGACAAACACGAUCCGUGUCGCUGUCGUACGUCUCAUCGAUCCAUGAUUUCGGCGAAACUCAUCCAAAAGGCGGGAGGCUCCUUCGAUCUUGGAAGCGCGCAGGUGCAUUACGAAAGAUCACCUCCAAGAACUCGACGAAGUUCAGCUUCGAGUGUCGGCUCCUGCGCCGGAACGGCUCAGCAAUCGACUCACCAACAGCAGCAGCAACAGUCGCCGCUGCAUCAACUGCAGACUCCAAGAAGUGCCUCGGCGAUGGGAAACAGAUCACGCUCUCCAACGCCUCACCAAAUCCAUCGGCAGCUCGGACAAGAGCUCAAAAAAACUGGACACCGUUCUCCAAGCCCCACAACCCAGACUAAAUUCCCAUCUAGUCCGGUCCGCAGACAACUCAGCGAUCUCGGUAACGCCCAAAGAUCGAGAUCACCGACGCCAAAAAUUGAUAGUCCCGCGUCCAGCCCCUCUAAAUCCAACAAAUUAGACCCGACGAGGGAAGCCCUCAACGAAGAAAUUCGUCAGGUCAAAUACGACGGAAGAUCGCAAAUGUAUCACAGCAGGCAUCUGGACGAUUAUCAGGACCCGAAGCAGGAUCUUCAUCGUGAGAUUCGUGAGAAGGUGCCUCUCUCGGAGGAAUUUACAAAGAGAUACGUCGUCGAGGGUGGCGUGGCUCGGCGAGCAGGGGAUCGCGAUGACGCACCAAAGUACGAGCCAACGAUUUACGAUUACAAAUGCAGCGUUGGCGCUGAAACGAGUUCAAAUUCGAGCCCGAUAGCGACGAGUCCAACGAGCGUCAGGGAGGAGCACCAACAAUCUCAGAGAGCCAACACCAACGGCGAGGAUUUGUUCGGCAAGGAGAGCGCCCAACAAUACGUUAAAUCGUCCCACACCGAGGGCGAGCACUCGGACAACGGCAGCGAAGUAUCCGACGAGGGAUACAGAAGCUUGGGCGCUGUACAACCGGCAAUUACGACUACGGUUACGAGCCAACACCACCAAGACGCCUCCAUCGCUCUUCUCGAUUCUCACAAAGAAUCAGAGAAGCCGGCGAAGAGCGAAUUACCGGAGGACGUUCGUUGUUGCGUGGAAACGGAAAGCAUCGAGACAGGUUUGAGGAAAACAAAAAUGCCGGGAGGCGGAGGCAGCGGUCGAGUGAGCUCGAGUCCGAGCAAGUCGGUGAGUCCGGUGAGUUCGAGUCUGGGGCUGCGCGGGGGAGGUUCUUCGUCGCGUUCGCCGAGCGCCGGAAGCUGUUGCGGGAGUGCUCAAAACGGCGAUCGUCAGUCGCGAGGUAGUUCGAUGGCCCGUGAAAAUAGCAACUUGUCGCGUUGUUCCUCGGGCAGCAGAACGCCGCGCGAGGGCAACUCGAGCCCCGAGGGCAGCCCACUGAAGCGAGCCGCUCCUGGCAGAAACAGUUUGCGGAAACCGCCCGCCCCGCCAACUUCGAGUCCCGGAAGGGCCUGCGGCCUCUCAAGAAGUCCCCAAAACUUUGGUGACGCAACGCACGCCCGGAACGACAGCAAGAGUGGAACGAUCGGCGUCAACAACAAUUUCCACGCUCACAACAACCCGAGCAACACGUGGAACGGGCGGCAAGCGAGGCAGAGGCCGUCGCUGAGCGCGGAGACUUUCGUCAAACCGGUAAACUCCGUCAGGUCGACAACUCCCCUGAAGUCGUCCUCGCCCACUAAUUUCUCCCGGAAGAAUCCGUCCCGGCAGAGCCUACCGCGUCUGGGAACUUGCCCCGGUGGCAUUCCCCCCACUUCCGGUACCACCGGCUCGUCCCAGUACGACAGAAACGGCCGGAGGGUCAAGUCCUCGGCCAGCACCUCCCUGCAGACCUCGCCAACCAAAAUCGCGAAUCCCCUCCUCGAACAAAUCCUCGCGAAAAUGUCUCACCUCCGCGACGACAAGGAAGUCGUAGAAAAACUCCAAGUCCUCAUCAGAGACUACCAGGGCCAGGUUGACGGGGAAGCCGACAACGAGCGAUCCACCCUCGACCCGAGUGAUCCGAACCUCGAGUUCACCAGAGCAUGGAUCGACGGAAACGGAACCGUCGCUUUGCCACCCAACGACCUUCAGCUGGUCACGAGCCCCCGCAAAGACCCGAAGCCUCCGUCCGAGCGGGGCAAUGGCUUCUCGAGAAUACCAGCUCCGGUUUACAAGAGACCGAUGUCCGUCGCCUCCGACAGCCUCUGAACCCGGACGGUUUAUCCCCCGAGAUAUUUCGAGUAUUUUUUUACGAUCGUCCGCGGGAGAUUUAUUCUCGAGGGAGACACUUCGAGAGCUUGACUCUGAGACACAUUCUAAAGACGUCGUUGCAGGUGUUGAAUAUUUCCUCUCGGACUUGACGGAUUAUUCGAAGCCUUUUAACAACCCUCCGGCUGUACAGACUCAUUCGAAAAGGAGAAAAAUAGCUUCGGUUCGUUCCGCAACUUUAGUCUUUACAGCCGCGCAUUUUUCGGUGCAAACGAUCAUUUAUCUUCACCAAGCUUCUCAUUUCUCCACGCGAAUUAGUCGCUAUCGAUCGUUCCCUUUUUCUUUCAAAUCGUCGUCCAUAAAAACACAAUUAGUUCGUGAAGAGCGUUGAGAAUUUGUGAAGCUUGAGAGCUUUCAGUAGAGCCAGGUCGUCCUGGAAACGAUUCUGCGCAGCAGGAACCGUUGCGUCGGAGAUUUGAGAGCGUUUAUUGAAAAUUUCAUAGAUGAUCACGUAGGAUAGUUUCUCAUUGACGGAGGAGUUUUAAAAUGCCCGGAUUUCACAGAGUUUAAUCGUUGGGCUGGUGCUUAAUCGUGUAAGAUUUUUUUUAAUUAUUAGAUCAACUGUUACGAUGUUUACGAUCAUUGAAUCAUUAUUUUUCUUCGUUAUCAAAUGAUCAACUGCGUUAAGUUUAUAGUACGAGAUGAACUACGAUCCCCGAGGGCCCGGGGAAGUGUGAGGAUAUUCCUUUGAGCGUGCAUUUCGAAAUUUGAAGAAAAAAAAACGUAUUACGAAAGCGAGAAAAUUCGUUGAUCCUUCGACAUUACAUUUAUCGGCCUACGAUCCCUUCGAUCGGAAGGAUCGCAAGUGGAACUUAUUUCCGAGGGCAACGAGUAGUCGGACGAUCAUCAUCGUGCCGCGUCGAUCGAGCGAGCAGUUUGAGUCGAGGGUGGAAACAAGUCGAUUUUCUCCCUCUCAAGACUGAACGGCGCUUCGCACUGUGACAGAUGAAAAACGAUAGUUUUUUAAACGAGAUGAUAAAAUUUAAGAGAAAUCGGCGUGACCGAUCGCUUUCACGUAUUAUUUAUUUAUACAGAACAAAAUAUAUAGUCUAUUGGUUGUAUUUAUUGAAGGCAAUUUAUUUACGCGUUAAAAUAUAUUGAUUCUCGCGCCGCGUGCGACGAUAGUUGUCAGCGUGCGUAGACUGUUCGACGGUACCGGCGAGGAGUUUUCUGCUGCCCGCGAGCUCUUUAUUUACGCUGGGACAAACGUGGGCGAUAGAAGAACAAAUAAACGACGAGGGAAACCGAUUUACGAAGGGUCGAAUAAUCGCACUUUUCUUCAUUUUCAAACGAUAAACGAACACGAAUAAACGAAGAAAGAUGAACAACGAGGAGAGAAUAAUUUGCAGAGAAGAGAAGAACGAGGGCAGCCGAGGAGAAGCGCCCUGCGAAAAGGGCUUUUCGCAAACGCUUCUUUCACGACGAGCAACGACUGAGCCGUACGUAAUCGUGUGCACGAGAAUAAAAUGGAGUGCGCGCGUGAACGCGUAUCGAUAUCAUUUAAUCGGGAGAUCGGCAUUCCAAGGUUAAAUAUUUAAUUAUAAACAGUGUGAAAAACGUUCGAAAGCAUUUGACGAAUCUCGUGCUGCAAUCGAAAUUCAUUGAUAAACAAGGAAAAUUCUGCACCCACAUUUUCCACAAAGAGACGAAACAGCAAGUCUUUAGAAACACGGAAACUACGAAAAAAACUACAAAAUUAUAGCCAAAAUGAAAUAUUAAAUAAUUUUCGAUACAAACGUUUACCGAAAACGGUCAGAAGCUCCGAAAUAUUUUUUAGUAAAGCCAGAAAAUCGUAGUGUAAACUAACAAUUAUCCAAUGUACGAAUAAAUCCGAGCUAAAAAAUCUUACGGCGUUUGUGAGUCGCUCAUUUUUGGCGUUUUUUUUUUAUUUUUUAUUUUUUUUAUUAUAUUAUUUUUCAUUUUUAUCGUUUCUUUAACUCAGGUGCGUUUUAUCGAAUAUAUAUGAACGUAUAGAUUAACUCAAACGAAUGACAAUUGUGAGGCGCAAUUCUCUUCGCUUUUUUUCUCCAAUGUCCAAACUGUACGAGCGAUAGAUAUAUGGGACAUUAAUUUAUUAUCCCCCCCCCCCCGUUUAUGCAAACUUCAUAAAUAGUCUGCCCGCUGUGUGUGUGUGUGUGUGUGUGACUCACUCUGGUAUUGCCGUAUUUGAUAAAGCGUAUAAUCCAUAAGCGUCAUUAUUAUCGUCGUCAAUCGCCGCGUCGAAUACUCCCACACUGUUAUGGCCAUUAAUUAGUCGCAUUAUUAUUAUUCUCAGUAUGAUUAUUUUUGUCAUUUUAUUAUUAUCGUUAAUGGUAAUCGAAAUAUUAUGGAAAAGCACACACAGACACAAAAAAAAAAGACGAAAGAAACUGUCAGUAAAUGACGAAAAUUCAUAAUUUUAUCAUUAUUUUUAUUAUACUUAUGAUCGUUUAUGAUAAAAAAUAAUUUUUAAGGAAAGUUACCGCCGCUUGUGUCAACGAUAAAACGGACGAGCGUGACUUGUAAAACCAAUCAACAAAAUCAAAAAAGGGCAUAAUAAAGUGAACGAAAGAAAUUGAUAAUAAA